AUGAAGUCGUCUUCCUACGCCGCUCUUGUUGCUGCUAUCAGCACUGUCCAAGCUAAUCCUGUCUCCAAGCGUGCUGUUACUGAUGCCGACAUCCUUAACUACGCUCUGACCCUUGAGCACCUUGAAGCCACUUUCUACGCUCAGGGUCUCCAAAACUACACGCAGGCAGACUUUGUCAAUGCUGGAUACGCUGAUCCAUUCUACGACAACCUUUUGAGGGUUGCCUCUGAUGAGAAAACGCACGUCAGCUUUCUGACCAGUGCUCUUGAGGCCGCUGGCGCUCCCGCCACUGCCGAAUGCACUUAUGCUUUCCCCUCCACCGAUGUAGACAGCUUUGUGGCCCUCGCCAACGUACUUGAGGGGGUAGGUGUCAGCGCCUACCUCGGAGCUGCUGCCUCUAUUGCAAGCAAGCAGUACCUCACCGACGCGGGCUCUAUCCUAACUGUCGAGGCCCGACACAGCUCUUAUCUCCGUGCUGCUGCUGGCGAGGUUCCCUUUGCCCAACCUUUCGAUAACCCCCUCGACUUUGAUGAAGUCUACACUGUCGCGUCUCCAUUUAUUGUUUCUUGCCCGAGCAGCAAUCCUGCUCUGCCCGUCAAAGCAUUCCCUUCUUUGACCAGUACUUUCAGUGGAACCCUUUUGACUGGCUCCCAGGUCUCCCUCGCCACAGGAGAGGGAUUCACUGCCAGCGGAACUGUCUACGCUGCCUUCAUCACUGUUACUGGUCCAGUCUGGGCGAGUGUCACUCCUUCUGAAGGUGGCUAUACCGUUACAAUCCCACAAGGCGUUGAGGGUCAAAGCUAUGUUGUUCUGACCUCCUCCAAUGACAACGUCUCUGACGAUGACAUCCUCGCCGGGCCUGCAAUUCUUGAGAUUGGUGCCAAAAAUGGCCGCCUGACCACUGGUUGCACUGGUGGCAGCAACAGUACUACUUCUAGCACGGCCUCGGGUCAGAAUGCUAGUGCGUCUGGGCAGUCCGCUGGGCAGCCGUUGAGUACCUCUCAGGCUCAGUCUUCAUCUUUCCCUGCGACACCUAGCGCAGGCUCCACUCCUGGCUCCGGCGCCUUUUUCACUGGUGCCGCCUCUAGUGUCCAGCCAGCUGUUGGCUUCCUUGCCGUUGUUAUUGGCGCCAUGGCUCUCCUGUAA